AUGGCAUCGCGUAUCAUAGAAACUGAAGGGACGGGUAGAGGUUUACAUCUCAAUGUAAAGAAAACGGAAAUCUUCUGGACUUCUAUUGAUCCUAGAAGUAUUGAUGAUGAUGUUUUCCCGCCAGAUAUUGGUAGACCGUCUAAUGGUGUUAAACUCUUGGGUGGUCCCGUGAGUUUGGAUUUGAACUCUAUUAGUGAUAUGCUAGUGUACCUGCGCAUAAGGAAAUUUCUUGGGCUUCUGUCAGAUGACGAUAAAGAUUUACGGCCAGCUGAUAUCCUCGUCCUUAACUGGGAAAAUGGUAAGGAUGUUUGCAUGGAUGUUACAUGGGUCUCUCCGAUCACAGGUGAAGGAGGAAGCACAGUUGUGAAGAACUUGCUAAGCAUAAUUAACCUUGGUAUGAUUUCUAUUUCUAUUCUAGUUUUAUGUUUUGAGUUUAAUUUUAGAUGUACUGAUAAUAUGAUUGCUGAGUUUUAUAAAGAUGUUGGAUACACAUAUUGUCUAAAUUUUAACAUAGAUGUUGUCUUUAGGAAUCACAAAAUGUCAUUGAUACUUGAUAAGAAGUGGAUGAAAUGUGACAAUAAAUCAGAGCAGUACAUAGAAGGUGUUAGGUUGUUCAUACAGUUAGCUAGUGAAAAAGGUGGUGCAAAUGCAUUGUUCGCAUGCCCUUGUGGUCGUUGUAAGAACAAUAAAGGAUUGGUGACACUUACUAAGAUAUCACUUCAUUUGCCGAAGUAUGGUAUUUAUCAGUCAUAUACAACAUGGCGCUUUCAUGGGGAAACCUCAGAAGUAGAAACACAUGCAUAUAGGGAUAACUCUAGUGAGGAAAAUAUAGGUGACAAUGUAGCUGAGAAUGUAUCAAACGUAGGGGAUAAUGUAGGAGUUGUUGCUGAGGAUGUUGAUCCUGCUGUAGGUGUAGAUGAGGAUGUUGGGCUAGAUAGUAGGUCUCAUGUUGAUGCUGGAACCAGCAGAAGCAAGAAAAAGAAACUUUUAUAUGAGCGUGCUAGAGCACCGUUAUACCCUUCAUGUCCUAAAGACAAUGCUUGCACUGCGCUCUUAGAAUUGAUUAAGGAGCUGCUUCCUGAAGAAAACACACUGCCUUCUAAGUAUGCAGACAUAAAAAACCUGAUCCAAGAGCUAGGAAUGAACUAUGUUACUUAUGAUGCAUGUGUAAAUGAUUGCAUAUUAUAUUGGAAGGAUCAUGCAUUAUUAGUGAAAUGUCCUGUUUGUCAAGAACCUAGGUAUAAGAAGGUCUUUAAUGAUGAGAGGAAACUGACCACUGUUGCUCAGAAGACGUUAAGGCAUUUUUAUCGUGAAUUUUCAUUGCUAGUGUUGUUGAUAUCAGGACCUAGAGCACAUGGUAAGGACAUAGAUGUUUAUUUACAACCUCUUAUAGAUGAGUUGAAGAAGUUAUGGAAUGAAGGUGUAUUAACAUAUGACUCAUUCACUAAAACUGAGUUUGUAAUGAAAGCAAGAUUACUAUAUGCUAUACAUGAUUUUCCUGCAUUGGGGACUUUGUAUGGAUGUGUAACCCAUGGCUACUAUGCAUGUCCUACUUGUGGAGAAGAAACAGAUGCCGAUUAUUUGCCAUUCAGUAAGAAAACUUGUUAUAUGGGACACUGUAGAUGGCUGCCGUCAAAGCACAAGUAUCGAGAUGAUAAAAAGAAUUUUAAUGGAGUGGUAGAUCAUCGUCCAGCACCGUGGCUACUAACAGGUCUGCAAAUACAAGAGAUUGUUCGUAACAUCAGCUGUAAGAAGGGUAAGGGGAAACAUCCAUCUGCAGCAAGUCUAAAGCGUAAAAGGAAAGCUGAAGGGGAAAAUGAAGACGCUGCUAAUGUAGAAUAUGUGUUCGGUGACCACUCAUUGUUUUCACGGAGCAAGUCUAAAGAUGGUCCUGCUGCGCGUAAAAAUAUGGAAGCAAUGGGGGUUAAAAAGAAGUUGUGGCUGAAAAAGGAUGAUGUUACUGGUAAAACUUCUAUGGAAAAUGGUACUUUUUCCCUGACUAAGAGGGAGAAAGUUUUUUUCUGUUCUAUUUUGAAGAACUUAAGGGUUCCCUCCAGAUUCUCUUCCAAUCUUCGCAACUGUAUCAACGUGAAUCCUCCCGAGUUAAAGAACUUUAAGUCUCACGAUUACCAUGUUGUUAUGCAACAUUUGUUACCAUUGCUGAUUCAUACUGCAAAUUCGCUACCUAAGGAGCUACGAGUUUCUCUUCUCCGGAUCAGUAUCUUCUUCAAUGUUCUGUUUGUGAAGGUUAUCAACCGGCAACAUCUGUUGAGAGCUAAAGCUAGUAUGAUUGAAGCAAUGUGUGUGUUUGAAAAAAAAAUUCCUCCUUCGUUCUUCGUUAUCAGUAUUCACCUGAUGGUUCAUCUAGCAGAUGAAGCUUUGAUCAGCGAUUCAGUCAGAUUCAGGUGGAUGUAUCCCUUUGAGAGGUAA